AUGGUGUUUGGGGAGCAUCAGAGGCAACUCACCAAGGCGUGGUCCUACAAGACCGGCGAGAGCGUCGCCAUCAAGACCCUCAGCUCGAGCAGCCAUGACGCGGUCUGGCGGGAGGCCGACCUCCUCAGGGCGUGCCAUGGCCACCUCAACAUCUUCCAGCUGCGGGCCAUGUCCUUCGACCGCAGCGCCGACAGGCUCUCCCUCGUGAUGGAGUACGUCGGGCCAAGCCUCCACGACGUCCUCCACCGCGCCCGCCGCGGCUGCCCGUUCCAGGAGGAUGUGGUGCGCUACCUCAUGCGGCAGCUUCUGAGCGGCGCCGACCACAUGCACCGGCUGUGCCACGUCGUCCACCGGGACAUCAAGCCCGAGAACGUCCUCAUCGGCGACGGCGUCAAGAUAUGCGACUUCGGGCUCGCCAUGCACAUGUCCCAGUCCCCGCCGUACGGCCACCAUGGCACGCGCAGCUACAUGGCGCCGGAGAUCCUCCUGGGGAAGCCCGACUACGACGCCACCGUGGACGCCUGGUCGCUGGGCUGCGUCAUGGCCGAGCUCCUCCUAGGCGAGAGGCUCUUUGGCCGCGCGGCGGACGACGCCGACCAGCUCCUCAGGAUCUUCUACAUACUUGGCGUGCCGGACCAGAUCUCCUGGCCGUCCUACAACUCCAUGCCGCUCGCCGGCGAGCUGGUGGCGCCGCCGAGCAUCCCCCACCGCAACAGGCUGCGCGAGGUGUUUCUAGAGGACUGCCUGUCCAGACAAGGCUUCCAAGUAUUGAGCGGCCUCCUCUCCUGCGACGCAGGCAAGAGGCUGUCGGCGGCUGACGCCCUCGAGCUUCCAUGGUUCACCUCCAACUAG